UACAAUUUGUGGUCAGUUUAGUUUACAGCGGACAUGGCGGCCUUCGUCAUGAGUCAAACAGACUAGAACACUUUAUAGUCUGUGGAUCUGAGAAGGUACGCAUAACAUUCUCGAUAUUUUAUCUCUGCUGAGCAGAGAUCUGUGUAGACAUCAUCGAGAUCUUAGCAAGCGCCAACAGUCCGUCUGCUGCACCGAGUUCCAUUAUAUGACUAUCAUCUGUUGCGAAACCCUGCUGUCGUCUGCUGCCGUGAGAUCAAGAUUGACAGCAUCGACAUCAACCACAUUUUGCAGUGUUAAACCUGGACCGAUGCCUCCUCGGAAAACCCCCGACCAAUCUUCCAGCGCUUUUCAUGGAGAUGAGGACUCUUCGGGUCUCGUCUUGCCCGAGGAAAUCGGUGAGGACCAAGAGGAGAAAGAGCAUGACAACCUUUUCUUCGAGCAAGACGCAUUGGACAAGAAUAAAGAGGGUGAUGAAGAAGAAUCCCACGUAAUUCAGACCAGCAGCAUUUUCUUCGACGAGGACUUGACCAUCUCAGGUCUUGCGCCACAAAACACCUGGUGUAACAGCACGGACAGCCAAAUCCUGAAAGACUUGUACCACAAAGCCUGUGAGGCAUUAAAGGUCAUUCCGUGCGGGAAGUUUCUGCGCGAUGCUGAUCAGAGACGACUGGUGCUCAACAACCAGGGGAUCGAUUCGCUAGGCGUCAAAGCCGUCUGCCUUUCGCUCGUGGGUAAUUUGACCAUCCGAGAACUGUACCUUAAAGGCUGCAGGAUGGAUACCGAGGGCAUGAAAUGUUUGGCAGACAUGUUAAUGACAAACCCAGCCAUCAAGGUGCUUGACGUGUCUAACAACGAUUUGGGAACAGUCGGCGCCAACAUCCUGAGCGACGUCAUCGCGGUCAGCGAAACUUUGGAAAGGAUUAGAGCAUCAUCUAAUAACUUUGGAGUCCAAGCUUCUCAGUUUAUAGGCCAAGCACUUGAGCGGAAUUCAAGCCUCCUAGUCUUGGACCUUAGCAAUAAUCAUUUCGAGGCAAAGAGUGGAGUGUUCCUAGGCCAGGGGCUGAGUAAGAACUAUUCUCUCCACACGCUAGACAUCAGCUACAAUCACUUAAACGAGGCUGGAAUUCGUGGCCUGGCCCUGGCGCUGAAGGAGGGGACGGUCCUGCGGAGCCUCAACCUGUCCUGGAAUGGUGUAGGCAAGACAGGCGCCGCACAGCUGGGCAUCGCUUUUUCACAGAAUACACAUCUCGUCUCCCUUAAUCUCGCAGGCUGCCGCAUCCCCAUCGAUGGUGUUGUCGAUUUCUUAAAACGUCUGGACUCCAACAAAAACCUCAAGACCGUGGAUUUUUCUGACAACCCUUUGACAUCAACAGACUCAACAACUUUAUUAAGCGUUCUCAAAUCAAAGCCAAACAGCGGCAUCGACAAUAUAGAAAUCAAGAGCAUCUCAGUGCCACAAACAUUCAUGAACAUGCUCGAGGAGCUGCGGGAGAUCAAACCCACCUUCACAGUAGUCUACGGCACCGUGCUAGGAACUAAAUCCAACCACGAUUACACCGGUUUUGACCUGUUAAGCAGUGACCCCAUGUCCAUACUGGUGAAGUUUGUGAAGGCCAAAAACAUGAGCAUUUUGGACUUAUUCGACGCAUCUGGUACGGACGCGUCCUACAGCCUCUCCCACCAGCUGCUGGUCGAAUACAUGCAGGAAGCUGGCCUGAUGUUGAGCAUCGCGCAGAUGGACAAACUGCUGAUGGUGCUUGACAAGGACGGCAAAGGGAAAAUCAUGUUCUCGGAACUUAUGGAAGCGUAUAACAGUUCCAUGGAGAGGAUGGUGAAGAGAGGAAUGUAUUCAAGAAGCAGCUUCUUAGAGUCCCACGACAUGCCGAAGUCCACAAAGCAAAGCUCUGUCCAUUCGUCCCAUGAGGAGUUGGAACACAUUCCCUUACCUUCUGUAUUGCCAGAAGAUUAGAAGAAUUCAAGCGUCUCAAUGUCCAGUCCACAGGAAUGGAAGGAUAUCCUGGAAGUUCCCAGCCCAUGAAGUAUGUUCUGGCUGCUGGCAGCCGGUGGUUAUUCCAUAUAUAAUUACACCCCACUGCCCUCCUGGCGGCUAGGGGGCGUUGACUAGGACCAGGACGGCUCCGGAAGCUGGGAAGCUUGUGCGUGCUACAUAUCUGAGUAAAACUC